AUGAAGGGAGAAUACUAUCGUGAUUUUUAUUUAGAACGGUACCAUCGUGAAGCACCACCACCAACCUAUCAAAGACGUGGUUCCUUACAACUCUGGCAGUUCCUGGUCACCUUGUUGGAUGAUCCAACUAAUUCUGCGUUUAUAGCUUGGACUGGGCGUGGUUUGGAAUUUAAACUGAUUGAACCUGAAGAGGUUGCUAGAAGAUGGGGAAUGCAGAAGAACAGACCAGCCAUGAAUUAUGAUAAAUUAAGUCGUUCACUACGUUAUUACUAUGAGAAAGGAAUCAUGCAGAAAGUAGCAGGCGAAAGAUAUGUGUAUAAAUUUGUCUGUGAUCCAGAAGCCUUGUUCUCCAUGGCGUUUCCUGACAAUCACAGACCCAUACUAAAAGGUGAUCCUCAAAAAGAUGACUAUUUUAAACAAAUGGUUCCUCAACAGGACAAACCAUUGUCUCUAACAACCACUCAAUCUUUUAUUCCGACCAAUGCCAGGAACUUUAACAUGCCACCUCAUCCUGCGACUGCUACCAUGACAACAGAUCAACACAGGUUACAGUAUAUGCAGGAGGUAACAAGAAUGUAUGGACCAGGACCAUAUAUGGAGGGUUGUGUUUACUGA